AUGUCAAGAACCAUAGAACAGUCUAUUCAAGCAGCCAUCGACUCUGGCAAAAUCAACGGAGCUGUCAUCUGCGCUACCAAUUCCAAAGGAGACUUUUCCUACAACACUGCUAUUGGUCAACGUACUCUUCUGUCGGGUGAAAAACGUCCUCAGAAAUUAGACGAUAUUCUGUGUUUCGCUUCGGCUUCAAAACUUCCAACUAGUAUCGCUGCUCUGCAGUGCGUUGAAGAAGGUCUUCUUACUCUCAAAGAAGACUUGUCAACCGUGGCUCCAGAGCUGGCCGAAAAGAAAGUUCUCACAGGAUGGGCUGAGAAUGACGAGCCAUUGUUGGAAGACGCAGCUCAGAAAAUCACACUUGAGAUGCUGCUUACGCAUAGCGCUGGUACGACGUACGACUUUCUCAACCCGUCUAUUGGAAAGUGGAGUGCCAAAUACAAACCAAAGGAUGAAAGUAAAAAGAAUGUCGAAGACACAUUCAUCUACCCGCUCUGUCAUCAGCCUGGGGCUGGCUGGAUGUAUGGGUCUAGUCUUGACUGGGCUGGUCGAAUUGUUGAGCGUCUAACUGGAGAUACACUCGAGAAGCGUUUUCAUGAACGUAUCUUGAAACCUCUUGGUUGUAGCAAUGAUUUUCAGUUCCAUCCUAUUACCAGAGAAGACUUGAGAGAGCGCUAUGUCGAUCUCAAUCCUGAUGACCCCCAAGGCCUGGGUCUUGCUGUCAUGGGUCAAGGCGCUUCCAUCAAUAUUCGGUCAAGCGGAUGUUUCGGUGGUCAUGGUCUAGCAAUGUCCGCUACAGACUACAUCAAGAUCCUCCAAUCCCUCCUCUCAAACGAUGGAAAACUCCUCAAGCCUGAAACUGUAGACGACAUGUUUCAGAACCAUCUCAGCCCCGAAUCAGCCGCUGGUCACCAAGCCAUGCUCGCAACCCCGAUGGGUCCUUUCUUCAGAGUUGGAAUCGAUGAAAAUACCAAACUUGGACAUGGUCUUGGAGGUGCUUUGACGCUUGAGGAUAUUGAUGGGUGGUAUGGUUCUCAUACAAUGAGCUGGGGAGGGGGUUUGACACUGUUGUGGUUUAUUGAUCGGAAGAAUGAUAUUUGUGCUGUUGGAGCCAUUUGUGCUGCUCUACCUUUGGACGACGAUAUUACUAAGACAGCUACAGAUUUGAAGGAUGUUAUUAGGAAGGAUAUCUAUCGGAAGUACGCUGGUUGGAAAGAGAAUAAACAGUGA